UAUGAAUAAUCCUUAAUGUCAAUCCUGUUUCUAAUAUAUUGCAAUUGUAACAUGCAAGGAAUGCAAAUUGUCUAUCUGUUUCAAAUGUGAUGAACGUCUUCAUUAAGAUAAGAAUGAUAAUCACUAUAGAACAACUAUUUCAUUCCAACCUAGAUAAAAAUUGUAAAGUGAUGAAGAUGAGAAACUAAUUGAGAUGAUAAAGUUGAAGAAGAAAGAAUUAUAAGAAUUGAAAGAUAAGGAAUCUUAAUUGACUAAACAUUAUUAAGAUAGAAUGAUAUAAGCCAAGAAUAAAUAUGAAUAACAAAUUUCAGCUUUAGAAAAUAGAUGUAAUAAACUAUUUGAUUAUUUAGUAUAAAAGGCUUAGAAAUAAAUGAAUGAAGUCAGUUUAGAAAAUGGCGAACUUGAUGUUGAUACUUUAUAGAAUGAAUUAGAGAAUUUAGAAAAGAGUUUGAAAAGUGAAAUAAAAUUAGUAGAAGAAGAACAAAGAAAAUUAGAUGAAAAAACUCAAAAAACUGAUGCUUUAUUAAAUAGAGUUAAAAAGGCUACAGAUAUUGAAUAAUAAUAAAUUAUUAAAAUGAAUGAAGUUGUAUAAAUAUUUAAAGCAUGUUCAGAAUAAUUAUAAAAAGAGAAAGUAAUUAUUAUUAUCUAUUAAAGGAUUUGUUAAUGCUUGAUAAUGAAAAACUAAUUGCAGAAGUAGAGAUCUUUGCUAAAUUCUUUGAUGAAAAUGGGCCUUUGAUGGAAGAAUUAAAUGCAUAAAAAAAUAAUGAAUAAUAAUGAA